UAUAGAAAGUGUACAGAAAACGGGCCGUGAACAGGUGCGAACAGGUGUCUUGAGUUCGGUUACCAUCAGGAUAUCCUCCGCAAGCAUUGCGGAAGCAUUGCGUCCGAUCAUGAAAUGAUACGACGGCCAUGGCUGAUGAGCGAACGCCAUUAACAACGGUUCCACCGUCGACUCCGCCAUUUUCUGCCGGACCAUCGUCCGCCGGAACCGUGCAUCACCUGAAGCCACACGAAAGCCUACGCGAACGCCAAGUGCGGACGUUCCAGUGUUGGAUAUGCUCUGCGAUACUAGGUGCAUUCGUGCUCGCGAUCGUGAUCUGCAUCAGUUACAUCAUCUUUGGUGAUGCCACGAUUCCCCCCCUCGACGGAAGCAAUACGACGGCGGCGGAUUUCCCUGAGCUGUUAAAUCUCAUUAGCUUCCCAUUAGCAGACGAACCGGUCUCCGAGUGGAAUGGUACGGAUAUUGCUGAGGAUGAGAAAAUGGCCGCCGUGGCUGAGGGAGAGAAGGCGUUGGGCGAUAAGGAGCUCCUGGAGGAAACAUUGUCGCCACCACCGGUCAAUUCUGCUUCAUUUCGACAUCAGAAAUCGGUCGGAGCAACGAUGGCUGCACGAUUGGCUGCCAAGGUGGGGUUCGUUGAGGAUCGCGCAACAAAGGCACUGGUGCGCAAGUUCGCUUCGAUUCGACGCCAAGGGAAAUCCGUUGGCCGUGGUCCAGUGAUCAAUGUACCCCGGGUGCACCAGAAAACCAAGUGCGAUUUCAAUGCACGCUACCGAACGCCAAAUGGAACGUGCAACAAUAAGGAGCAUCCGUACGAGUACGGUGUGGCUAUGAUACCAUUCCGGCGUCAGCUGAACCCAGACUAUGGUGACGGAAUUUCUGCACCGCGCGUCGCCAUCGAUGGUAGCGAGCUGCCCAGUGCCCGGCACGUAUCGCUCGAUAUUCAUCGUCCUUCGUAUCACAAUGAUCCCAACUUUUCCGUGAUGCUGGCUGUGUGGGGCCAGUUCCUUGAUCAUGACAUCACGUCGACUGCACUCAACCAGGGUGUCAAUGGUAAACCAAUUGAAUGCUGCGAUCCGGGGCAACCGCAGCAUCCGGAGUGUUUCACGGUUCCGAUCGGACCGGGCGAUCCGUACUUCCACCAGUACAACGUGACGUGUAUGAACUUUGUACGCUCGGUACCGGCACCGACGGGACGCUUUGGUGCGAGGCAGCAAUUGAACCAGGCCACAGCUUUCAUCGAUGGAUCGGUUGUGUAUGGGUCGGACGAGGUGCUCAUGAGAUCACUGCGAUCCGGUGAGGGAGGACGUUUGCGUAUGUUGCGUACCCCCGACGGCCGUGAACUGCUGCCCGUGUCGACGGAUCCGGAGGAUGGGUGUAACGAAGCAGAGAUGAAUGCCGCCGGCAAGUACUGCUUCGAGUCUGGCGAUAGUCGAGCGAACGAGAAUCUGCACCUCACUUCGAUGCAUCUGAUCUGGGCCCGGCAACAUAACAAUCUGGCCAAUGGGUUGGCCAAGGUUAACCCGGACUGGAACGAUGAACGGUUGUUCCAGGAAGCGCGACGCAUUCUGGCCGCCCAGAUGCAACACAUCACUUACAGCGAGUUCGUACCCGUUAUCGUGGGUAACGAGACGGCCCGUCGGAUGGGUCUUCUGCCGGAUCCGGAGAGUGGUCGAGACACAUACAACAGCUCGGUCGAUGCUUCGAUAGCGAACGUUUUCGCCGGUGCCGCUUUCCGAUUCGCGCACACACUGUUACCUGGAUUGAUGAAGAAAACGCGUAAUCCGGCGGCCUCGAGCUCGGGCAUCGAGCUGCACAAGAUGCUGUUCAAUCCGUACUCCCUGUACGCGGCAACCGGGCUAGAUGAUGCGCUUGGCGGUGCAAUUAGCACGGCACUGGCCAAGUACGAUCAGUACUUCUCAACCGAACUCACCGAGCGGUUGUUCGAGAAGGCCGACGAGCAUCUGUUGCACAAUCAUCCGUGUGGACUGGAUCUAGUGUCGUUGAAUAUUCAGCGAGGCCGUGACCAUGGGCUACCCGCUUACCCAAACUGGCGCCGCCAUUGUCAUCUGACGCCGGCCGAUAAUUGGGACCAGCUGGAGCGCAUUGUCGAUCCGGCUUCGUUCCAGCAGAUGAAAACCAUCUACCGCAAUGUGGCCAACGUGGACGUCUACUCUGGAGCGUUGAGUGAACCGCCAGUAAAGGACGGCAUCGUGGGUCCGCUGCUUACCUGCCUCCUUGCCGAUCAGUUUCUGCGCCUUAAGCAGGGAGAUUCAUUCUGGUACGAACGUCGUCAAGGGGUGCAGCGAUUCACGGAAGAACAAUUGCAACAAAUCUACGAAACGAAGCUAUCCAGCAUCAUUUGCGGGAAUUCGGAUCACAUCGAACAAUCACCGGUGUAUUUGAUGAAGAAGUCCGAUCCCGAUACGAAUCCCGAAACUGAUUGCAAGGAGCUGGACACGUUCGAUUUCAAUGCGUUCCGCGAGGAUGGACAUCAUUGGCAUCAUAAAAAGAGUAAGCUAGCUACGGAUCAGAUGAAGGUGCUUGUAAUGCAACCGAAGCUACAACCUGGAGUGAGCUCGAGUACAGUUGCUACGCCGGAGUCAACCGUAUUUACGAUGACGACGACAUCUGAACCAACGACCAGCACUAACAGCGGAGAGUCUGCAGAGACGACCGAGGGUGCAAAUGACGCUUAGAUAAAAGGUUUCAACUAUUCAUCGCGCGUUUGUGCAAUAAGUGUAGGGAUUGAUUAGCUAGAAUACGAUACAUCGCAACAAACCUUCACUGAUUGCGUCCCUUUUUGUGAGUGUGAAUUUUUUUUAUAACAAUAUACUAAGAUUGAUGCGUAAUUACUGAGAUUUAACUGUCCUCAAAUUCUCAAUAAAAGGCGUUUCAAAGAAUAUUAUUACGAACGAAGUUAUCUGUGGCAACUAUGUACGGUAAGUCGACGAACCAGAGUACACAGUAACCGAAGGACGAAACCCACUAUUUCCACAGCAUCUCAGGCAAUUAUCUGUAUUCACAGUCUCACGUAUUACUGUACAAUCGUCUCCAAAAGAGAAAGAGGCUUCGCGGCAUAAAAAAACAAUUGCUUCCUCUUUUAAUUACUCACUGCCUUCCGUUUUCCAGCAGGCGCAUCCCGAAGAUCCAGAUACACUGUGAUUAUAAGACACGGGGAGGGCUCUGUGUGUGUGUCAGACCGUUACUCAUUAAGUCAAGAUUGUACCAGGAGCGCAGCACCAUCAGCAGCAGAAGUAGAAGUUGCGGACGAUUCGCUCAUUA